AUGAAUUUCAAAUUGGUAUUGAUCGCUGCCCUUUUAUUCGUGGCCUGUGCUAUUGCAGCCAACACACCCAACAAAGCUGCUGAAGUACCGGCAGAAAAAGAGGUAGCUCCUCAAGAAGACAAUGAUGAAGCUCGUGAAGACAAUGAUGAAGAAUUUCCGAUAGAAGAAGUACGUGAAGAUGACGAAGAGGAAUCAGCUUUACGAGAGGAUGAGCCUGAAAUGAAGGAAGGCGUUGCACCUACUGUCGAAGAGAAAGCAUGGUGGCGUCGUCGUCGUCGUCGUCGUCGUGUUGUCGCUCGUCGCCGUUCCACCGUCCACUGCCGCUGCUACGGUAAGAAAAACUUCAAGAUUGCCACAAAGACAGAAGAACAACCCACUACCGAAGAAGAAGAGGCUACUUCCGAAGAAAAAUCGUGGGGAAGUCGUCGUCGUCGUCGUCGUCGUGUUGUUAUUAGACGCCGUCGUGGUUGCUACUGCUAUACUGUCUACCAUGGCAAAAAGUAAAAAAGUCCCAUAUUACAUUUUCUGAUAAAUUUGAUGCCAAAAUAUAUCAUGUAUGGGGUGAUAGAAAGUUUUUUACAUUUACAAUGUACUUACAAUUUACAUCUAAAGAAUGACAUGAUAUAUUUAUAAUUGGAAAUUGUACUACUCGAUAAGAAUUACUCUUAGUAUAGCUGUACCAAGUAAGCUAAACGUUUAGUUUUAAUAUCUGCAUAAUUGAUAGAAACUUUCACGAUUAAAAUUUG